AUGGCGGCGGAGGGAGAGGACCCUCUGGGCUAUUUCGCGGCCUACGGCAGCUCCAGCUCCGACUCGGAGGCUGACGAGCCCCAGCCCGACGAGCGCCAGGCGGGGGGCGGCGCGGCGGCGGGGGGCAGCCCGGGGCGGCGGCCGCGGCUGCCGCCGCCCGACGAGCUCUUCCGUAGGGUGUCGCAGCCGCCCGCCUUCCUCUACAACCCGCUCAACAAGCAGAUCGACUGGGAGAGCCGCGUCCUGCGGGCGCCCGAGGAGCCCCCCAAGGAGUUCAAGGUGUGGAAGAGCAACGCCGUGCCCCCGCCGGAGACCUACAGCCCGCCCGAGAAGAAGCCCCCGCCGCCCCCUGCCCUCGACAUGGCCAUAAAGUGGUCCAACAUCUACGAGGACAACGGCGACGACGCGCCCCGGCAGGCCAGCAAAGCCAGGUUUCUGCCGGAUGAGGAGCAGGAACCCCUAGAAUCGGAUGGUGAAAAAGAUGAUGAACCAGCUUCCGCUAAGAAACGUAAACUAGACUCUGGGGAGCGGACAAAGAAGAAGAAGUUAUAAGCAGGGCGUGCUGGAUUUAGCCAUAAUGAGAAUUUCAAUGAACUUGGAUUCCUCUGCUGGAAUGGGAAACAAAUACAUGUUUACGGAAUUUCUCUCUCCUGUCGGGUAGGGAAUUUUAUUUCUGUAGUAUGCUUGCCUUUUGGAAAGCACAAAGUUAAAUGGACAGUGUCGUGACAGAAACUCGCCUACUGAACAAAAUUUAAACCUGUUUAUUUGAAAGAGGGAUUUAGAAAAGGGAUCCAUUGUGAUGGAUACUUGUGCUCCUGCAGGUUACAGGGCUUCAUGGUAUUUUGUUUAUCAAGAAACCUGGUAACGUGAGCUUUUCUGGACUGACUUUUCCAUCGUGUCAAAACCUUUUAUAAAGGAGUAUAUACUAAAGAUUCUUUAAGUACUGUCCUGUGAUAUGUUUGCAUAAUGUUAUUUUGAAAUGUAUGUGAAGACUGCAAAUAGGUCACUGGAAUAAAACUACAUUUGAAAACAUCUGCGGUAUAAAUAUUGCAUUGCAUGCUUAGUGCAUAGGAGGGAUGAAUUCUGUACUGUAUGCAUUUCAGUGAUGUAUUUCUUAUGACACAACAGAUUCCUCAGGGUUUUGUUUGUAAUAAAUAUAUAACUGCAAACUGAAAAAACAUGGAGCUAAUAAUGGAGUUUAAUAUUUGAUAAUUAGUUUUGAUGUUAUGUGAUCUGCAUCAGUGAAACAUCAGACUAACUGAUGCAGGAAAAAUUGAAGCAUUUAACAUAUUCUUCCUAAAAUUGAAAAUAGAAUCUAGAUAUUUAUGUGGAAAAAAAUUAUGACAAAGCUGUGACAGAGUCCUUACUGCCAAAUUGUAUUUA